UGUGGUGGUUGUUAUCCAGAAACAGAAAUCACGUUAGCUCCCUGGACAAUUUAAAUCAGCCGUCCUACUCGCAUUUGUUUAUAGGUUCUUCAAGCUUGUUUAUAUGAAUUACUAAUUACCCUCGUAGGUUGUUUAUCGGAGGUUGGCUUUUCAGUGAGCAGUGUGAUUGGCUUGUAUGAUGCUAUUGUGAGCUAACUUACAGUAGCAUUGUAACAAGGUGCAGCAUGAACUCCAUAACAAUGAGGCCGCAUAUCCUCCACAGACUCAGGCUAUCAUGUCUCUGAUCCUGUUUGCGUUCGUGGUGCGGGUCAGGGAUGGACUCCCUCUGUCAGCUUCCACCGACUUUGAGCACAAUAAAGAGCUCCAGGAGAGGAAGCAGCAGCUCAGGACCAUCAGCAAGUCUCUGCCCCGUCUCCCUGAGAGGGGCACCGUUAAAGGCCAGAAGCUCAAUAUAUACUUCGUCUCCUCAGAGGGUGUAUCCUACAUGAGCGUGUGCCACAGCAGCCUCCCUGUUGCUAAAGCCUUCUGCUUCCUAGAAGACCUACGUUGGGAGUUCACCGCAUGCUUCAACAGCACCGUCAUUUCCCUGGCAGCCAGGCCAUAUCCAUUUUUGGAAUUUGACACCACUAUUCAAAAACUGAAGCAGCAGUACAACCAGAGUGGUGGUCCUGCUCUGGAGGUGACUCUGGCAGAGGUCCAAGAGGACCUGAGGAUCCGUCCACCUCAACUAAUCAACCUGGAUGAAGUAGAGCUGACCAACGGGACAGCAAAUGGGCACCUAGAACAAGGUGUUUCAUCCACUGGUCUAAAUCAGAGGCUUGAACCAGUGACCACCCCAGGCAUCCUUUCUCUUGUCCUAAAUAUUAUGUGUGCAUCUUUGAAUGUGAUCCGUGGGGUGCACCUCGCAGAGAACACAUUCCAGGAUGACUACGAAGGCAUUUGGAACGUUGCGGCAUUUUUCUUUGCAUUUAUCUGCUGUGCUCUUCAGUGCCACCUCUACCUGUUCCAUUCGUCCCUGAAGAAGCUGAAGUCCUUCCUUCUUUUAGGCGUGAUUGUCCUAUGCAACUUGUACCUGCUCGGCUUGAGGAACAUAUGGCAGCUCCUCUUCCACAUCUCCGUCGCCUCCCUCUCCACCUCGCUCACCCUCACUCGCAGAAUCCAUCAUAGGACCGAUGACUGUGGAGUGUGAGGAGCUCAGAACUGUCCAAUGUGCUGCACCGAGCCAGUAUUCAGACUGAGGAAUAUGUAAACUGCCCACUUCACCAUGUGGAUUUGUUUUAAUAAUAACUUGAAGACAAUAAUGAAUGAAGUUGUGUUGCGGAAGAUCAAAGCAAGCUUGUACAUAGCUUUGUUUUUUAAGGCAAGAAAACAAAGACGAGCAGUCAGUCUGGAAGCUUUCAAAUCAAAAUAAGAAAGAAAAAGACAUUUUCAAGAAAGCCGGAGAUGUUUUUUCAUACAUGGUUUCUCACUAUUUUCUACAUGGAGACCAUUAACCUGUCUCAACAGUGGUGGCUACUUUUUAUCAUAUGACUCAUUUUUACUCGUGUUCUGCUUCCAUUUUUUUCAGCUUUUCCAGGCCUUUCAUUAAUGUCGGAUUAUCGCUUUAAAAAGUUCUCUGACGGUUUGUAAUUAUUGUACUUUUAAGAUAGGAAGGACGUGCUUUUAUGAGUGAAAACAUGUUGCUUUUAUAGUAACAUAAUUUCUUAUUUUAUAGUUUGGAUUAGCAAUAGAUAAAUUGAAGGAUAGCUCUUAGUGCUGCUUGUUAACUCUCUAUGAUCCAGUACGCAUUCAUCCAAAACAAAAGCCUAAAUCAAAGUUCUUUGCAGAAACAUGGCCCGGUUCUUGUUUUAAAAUGUGGCAAAGUUGUUGGGUUCAGCUAUCUUAUUUUACGUUUUCUCAGGCAUGUGCUUAGCUGCUAUAACACUGAAGGGUCUGUUUGACAUUAAAGCUAUUUAUGCUUUCAAUAACCUCUGCUAUCUGCACACAUUUUCUUACACUUCUAAGUAUUUAUUGUAUUAAAUUAGCUAGAGAUGUAUCUUAAGUAGAGAUGAACUGAGAAAUCGGCCAGUGAUUGAAAUCACUUAGUUUUGGCUUGAUCUGCACUGACUGACUGGUCGGUAAGAAACAAUGUACUGAGUGCUACUGAGUCACAGUAACAGCAGUUUUCUGCAUGGAAGCCAUUCCUGUGUGAAGGAAACUCAAAUUAGCUAUUUUACAGAUCAACAAGGUGUUUAAAAAUAAAGUUAGAAGCUAUUUAGAGUGAAGCAUUUCUACGACCACCUAAGAAAUUGCUUAAUUCAGGCUGCAAAAUUGGACUUCAAGCAAAGCCACUUUUGUUAGCAUCUCUGUCUUAUCAUGCAAUAUGUUGAAUUUUAAAUUGUUUGUAUUCUUAUGGAUAUCUCAUAGUUAAGAUAAGGACCUACAUUCCCCAGGGAUAAAACACAAAGACAGCUGUCUGAUUUAUGCUAACAGUACUAAUCAUUCCAAAGUCAAUUGAGUUUUUCCGUAAGCCCGUAUUCACUUGGUGUGACGUAGCCUUUGUGCCUAAUUUAAGUAAGUAAGAAGGAUCCAAAAUCAUAUUUUAAAUGCUUUCCUUCUUAAAUCUUCUUGUAUUUUGGUUCUUAGAUAGAAAUUUUAAUCGACUAAAAUUGAUGUGGGCAGCUCAUAGGUUUACAAAAUCAACUUUAAAAAUUCUGAUCAGGGCAUUUUACAUUUUAGUGUCUUUUUCAACAUAUAAUCAUAUGAAAGCACUGAUUUCAUAAAUACAGUUUGUUUUAAAAAUCUGCACUAUUAUGUAACGAUUGUUUGUCAAGGUUUUAUUACUGAAUGUUUAAAAUUUGGAGUGAAUUUAUAUUUAUUUAAAUUUUUCUAUAUGUUUCUGGAACUCAACACAUCUUCCUUUAAGUUGAAGUUCUCUCAUUUAUGUUUGUGUACAAAUUUCUGAUAGGAAGAUAAAAAAAAGUGUCAUUUAAUAACUCUUCUAAUGAUUGUUUUGUUUUUACAACAACUUUUAGUUGCAAGUUUGAGUCGUACCAAGCAGUGAAAGUUAAUGUUAGUAGCUAUUAGCAUCAUGGUCAAUAGAGAUGUAUGGAAUCUGUCUUUUCCCUAUUAAUUAUUAAGUCAUUGAUAAAUGUAAAAAGUUUCUUUUUUUAAAAUAAAAUUACAAAUAUUUGAAAUGAUCUAAUAGUCAAAAUUAUCGUUAUUCCUCUAUUAUUUCUGUUUUGCUACAGAAUAUGUGUUCUAUUGACUAGAUUUUUUUUCCAUAAUGAUUGUAAACGGAGUUAAAAUUAUGUUUUCUGUCAGUAAUUAAACUGAUUUCCCCACUGCUGAUCCUCAAGUAAUCAAAAAUGAUGAAUAUAAAUAAAUUAAUUUGGAAAUUUGUAA